AUGCGCACCCGGGGAUUUGAGAAACCAUUCUCUCGAGACCAAGUGACAAGCUGGAUCAUUCAGCUGAUCCUGAUCGGAAGCUUCAUUAUCUUCGUGUCUACAUUGCUAAGCUGGGAUAAGUGUCUUAAGAUUCUUCUUCCAAAUGCUGUCUUGGUCAUCAUCGUCAUAGCAUCGUGGUGCAUUUGCGAAUCGAGGGAUCCUUCAAAACCCAAACCUUCAAGCUUCAUCCCGUCAAUCCUGAAGGCUCCUCCAAAGGAAUCACGUUAUUGUGGAUUGUGCUACAAGAACAGCCCUGGCCUCGAUCACCAUUGCACAUGGCUGAACACCUGCAUUGCUGAAAGCAACUACGAAGCUUUCUACUAUCUGGUGGUGUCAUCAACAUGUCAGACGUUGCUGCAGACCGUCAUAGGCAUCCUCAUGUGUACAUUAUGGCAGUCGGAAGUGAAGGCCAACACUGCUGAGGGCUGGGACGAAGCAGUGAUCGUGCUGCUCUGGAUUCAUAACGCAGCUUGUAUAUCGCUGACCAACUCGUUCGUUCUUCUCGCUGGUUUCCACACGUAUUUAUUAUACGUUGGAAUGGGCACCUACGACUUCAUAUUAGAAAAUGGCUCCGAAGGCUUGUGUACUCGCAUGCUGAAGUGCAACUGCCUUCGGCGUAAGAAGACACGGAACGGAAAACGCAGUCAUGUGCAGCAUGGCGACGCUAUCGAUCCCAAAGGUGCCAAGGGAGUAGUAACUCGAACAAGAAGAGGGUCGCCUCCAGCUUCGAUCAUGCCUGCAACUUUAACCUCGAUAAACUCGCAGACGUCGCUCGACCACGCAGCAGCGGCAGCGGCUCUCCAGGUGAGUAAAUGCAGCGAUAUCAGUCACGAUCUUUUUAGCUCAGGGCAUUCGAGUUCCAAUCCAACUGAAGGCACAGCAGCAGCAAUGCCGCCAGACAUGAUACUCAGCGUACGCGUUAACGAGAGCGAGGGGAUCUUCGAGAACAUCAAUUUGAGUAGUCCGCCUAAACUGAAGAGAUUGUCAGGAGCAGUGGUGGCCCCAGCAGCGCCAGGGACCGCGACAGGAUCGUAG